UGAUUGUGAAAGGACUAAAAGGUAAAGUCCUACUGCCACAUACUAUUUGGAGCAUGGAAAAGUUGAGACAUUUGCAUGUAUAUAGUAAUGCUGUCUUCAACAUGCAAGACAAUGAAACAGAAAAGGCCACGCAGUUAGGAAAUCUGGACAGUCUUUCCACCCCAUCUCUCUCUUUUGGUAAACAUACAGAGAAUAUCAUGCGAAGGUUUCUCAAACUUCGGAGACUUAGAUGUCUGUUUUCAGAAUCAAGGGUUGAUGUUGGGAACUCAAAUCAAUUUCCAGUACUGAACUGUCUCACAGAACUAGAGUCGCUCAAAAUUCUCUGUUCUGGUAGAAUUGCUCAUCCUUUUAAGUUUGACUUCCCAUUGAAACUGAAGAAGUUGACUCUAUCAAAAUUUCGCCUGCCAUGGGACUGCAUUUUGGAAGUUGGUAGAUUACCGAACCUGGAGGUUCUCAAAUUGCUUUCUAGGGCCUUUGAGGGGAAAGUGUGGGACAUGAAAGAAGGGCAGUUCCCUAAACUCAAUUUCCUAAAGCUCGACACUCUGAACCUGGCCCAGUGGAAUGCCACCAGUGAUGACUUUCCCAAUCUUCAACACUUAGUUUUGCGAAAUUGCAGGCAGCUUGAGGAAGUCCCCUCUGGUUUAGGAGAUGUCCCUACACUGGAGAUCAUUGAGGUGCAAUUGUGCAGACAAUCUGCUGAAGAGUCUGUCAGAAGAAUAGAGGAGGAACAACACAUGAUGGGAAAUGAUGAUUUGAAGGUUCUAAUCAAUCGUUCAGAAUGGGAUUUCUGAUCAUCACCAGAAUUUUUGGUGGAGCUUUGCAGCAUUAUGUUCAGAGAUGCCUCUCCGGAAAGAAGAAAGUGGGCGUCUGUUAGAGGUGAAGGAAAUGGAAUCCUAGAGUUUGAAGGAUGGAAGACAAUCUUGUAUAAGAGAGUUCUGAUUUAUCACCAUGGUUUCUUCAAAUGUCUGUAAAAUAUUGUUUGGCAAAUUUGUUACUCAUGGGAGGCAAACCAGACAUCCUGUGUUUUAUUUGCUUCCAACAGAUUCUAAAUCCCAUAUUUGGAGAGUUGAUGAGUACGACUGGAAUUUUGUAUAGUGCUGAGGAUGGAUACAAUCAAGUGCGCAUUCUUGUCCUGGUGAAGUAUUUACUUUGUGGAGCUGAUCCCAUACGUAAAGCUCCUAAUAUCUACAUCCAGAUUAUUGCUUUUCUUGUGAACCAGCAGAAGAUUCUUAAACACCUAUAAAAGUGGAAAGCAUGAUUGAGUGACUUCAAAAUUUCCUUGUACUUCUUCCAUCCUGUUAGAAAUGUUAUAUUGUUCAUCUUGAAAUGUCUCAAAAUAUUUUUCAUGUUGAGAAAA